ACCCAGGACCUAUCAGUCUCGCGUGCGAGCUCUCUAUCAUUAAUUCCUUUUCUCUGCAUUCUAUCUAUCUAUCUAUCCACACAUCUAUCCAUCUAUCUACCAUAUUGACAUAUUUAUUUAGUUAACAAUUCAAACAAAUGGUCACAAUUUCUACAUAUGAUUUAUCCCAUAAAAUUACAUUAUAAAACUCUCUACAUCCUAUUCCCCAUUUCUUUUUUUCUGUCUCACGUACAAACACACACACACACACACCUAUACAUUCAUGUAUCCAUAAUAAUGAACAUAACAACAUAUACAUUAGACUCUGUAUAUAUAUUACUUCAUUUACGGAUACCAAAUGGUAUAAUUCUAUGUUUGGUAUCUAUGUAGUGAUAAUGCUGGGUUGUUUUUUUCUUUUUGAUUUUCGAAAAAAAGGUUCAUUUAUAUCCAUAUGGAAUUACAUUAGUUAUGUAUAUAUAUAUUUGAUACAAUUAAGUGAUCUCCUUUUUUUUGUUUUACUUUCAAAGUGAAAUAUUCCCUUAUUGGUUUAUUUAUAAUUUACAUAAUGAACUAAUUGUAGUUGGGACAAAUGGGGGUAUAAGGGGGGAAUAAUUGGAAGCUGAUGUAAUAAUGUAAUCUGUAUAUGUACAAUGUUCAAUAGAUGGGUUGUAUCCAUGAGUUUAGGUCAUUUUUCCUAUUUAUUUCAUUCAUUCAAUAUUAUAUAUAUACUAAAGUAUACAUUACAUUAGAGAUUUGAUGUUGAUGCUGUUGUUGUAUCUAUGUAAGGGUUAUACUUCAUUGAAAUAAAGAUUGUCCUUCAGGUUUAUUGAAUCGUUCAACAUUUCUUAGUAUGUAUACACAAUUUUUUCCAGAUGGUAAAGCAAGAUUAUUCUAUGAACAUUUAUUUCGUACAUUUGAUCAAGAUGCUAGUGGAAGUAUUGAUUUUAAUGAAUUUUUAACCGCUAUUAGUAUUACUCAAUCAGGUAGUCCAGAAGAAAAACUUGAAUUAGCUUUUCAAUUAUAUGAUAUUGAUAGAAAUGGAACAAUUGAAGAAUAUGAAAUGACACAAAUUAUUAAAGCGAUUCACUUAAUGGUUGGUGAUAUUGAUGAAGAGAAUAAUAAAACACCAGCAGAACGUACAAAAACAAUUUUCACUAAAAUGGAUAUUAAUUCAGAUAGUGUAUUAACAAAAGAAGAAUUUAUACAAGGAUGUUUAAGUGAUGAACAUUUAUAUCGAUUACUUGCUCAAAAUGAUGGUCAAAAAUAGUACAUUUUAAAUAUUAUACUUAUAUAUGAUAAAUGACAAAUACGAAAAUUUAAAUGACACAUAUACUUACUACUAAUAAUACUUUUAAGUAAUAUAUAUUAUUCUACGAAAAACGUGCUCGCGUUGUUGAUUUGAAUUAAUUUUCCUGUUAAAGUACAUCUUAUUGAAAAUAAUAAAUCAUAACAAGUAUAUAA